AUUAAAGUGCAAAAGGCACAAAAAACAAGGUAAAACAAGGUAAAAUAAGUGUUUUAUAUGGCACCAAUAAGCCGUGUUCCAAAAUGCCAGAUAAUAAGACCUAUUGUUAUUGGUAAUAUUGCUAUGCCAUUAGGAGAUAGGAAGAAACCAGAUUCAGACCAUACACAUGCAUGGACGGUCUCUGUUAAAGGGAUUUAUGAGGAGGAUUUAUCAUAUUUUAUUAAAAAAGUGGUUUUUAAGCUUCACGAUACAUAUCCAAAUGCUACAAGAACAAUUGAUAAGAGUCCUUUUGAAGUAUCGGAGACGGGAUGGGGAGAAUUUGAUAUUGCAAUACGUAUAUAUUUUGUUCCAGAAGCAGCAGAAAAAAGUAUUAGUCUUUUUCAUCGAUUAAAAUUACAUCCAUAUGGACCAAACUCAGAAGUUAUUAAGGAACAAGGACUUUCAGUGACAAGUUAUCAAUAUGAUGAGAUUAUAUUUAAUGAACCUACAGAAACUAUGUAUGAUAUAUUAACAAGGCAUUCUCGGGCAGUUUUGCCAUUAGAUCGAUCGCCGACGAAUUUAUUUAGCCAACGAACAGAACAAGAAGAGUUAGAUCGUUUAGAACUUGCAUUAAGAAAAGUAGAAGAAAUGACGAAGGAAUAUAAAGAGAAAAUAAUUCAGUUAGAAAAGAAAAAUACAAAAAAUCCGGAAAUAUGAAGAAAAAAGAUUUAUUUUAAUAUUAAAUGUAUAAUAAAAAAUGCUAAAUAAGUUUAAUUAAAAAGAUUAUGCUUUAAAGGA